AGUACUGGUUUGAUAUUCAAUGAAGAAGUGUGUUUUGAUGCGCGCACUGCCUUUUCUGUCGUCGUCGUCGUCGUUCAUUUUUGAUAUCAACGCAAUUCGGAGCGAAUAUGCCAAUAUCCAUUCGAUUGAACGAUUGAAAAUUAAGUGAUUCGUUCGAAGUGUGUUUUUGAAUAUUUGGUGCAAAUUUUUUCUAUUGUUCUCUCCUCCGGUUAUCAUACUCAGUGUGGUUGAGUUCAUUUCAAAUGACCAUUAAUAUUUACAUUCAAAUUGAGUGAAAUGUCCAAUUUGCAUGUGUUAAAAUUGGUAACAAAAGAAGUUGAAAUAAGCAAUAAAUUAUAAACACCCAGCCAAAGUAAUAAACAUUUAAAUUGACAAAUUUGAAUAUUGAGCGAUGCGCGUUAACCGAAAAAACGAAUGACAGAAAAAAAACAAUUUAGUCAAUGGAUUAAUAUUUAAUUAACUACAAAAAUAAAGAAAAAAUAAAGAAGUGAUCGACUAAGAAGCCAAAUAGUCACCGUGUAAUUAGAGUGUUUCAAUCACACAAUAAAGUGGUCCAUAUAAAAGACGAAACGAAUUAACACACAAACAUAUUUAUUCUUGAUAGAAAAAGAGAAAGAGAAAAAACAGAGAGAGAGAGGGAGAGAAAGAAAGAAACGAGAAAAAAGAGAAAAACAGAUUAAACGCCACUUUGACCGAAUCACCGCUUAUCAAUCGGUCGGAUCAGUUCUGUUAAAAGCUGAAGUUAAAUGGGCUCGUGCAUAUCCAUUCGCUGCUCGUUCGCUCGUGUAUAUUACGUAUGAAAUGAACAAGCGGCAACAUCACCCGAGUUGCUGAUAGAUUUUUCUAAAACGGUUUUUUAUUGAAGUGAUUUUGUUUUUCUGUAUCUCCUCACUCGCUCUCUUCGUUCGAUUACACUCGUCAUCACCACCGUUUCGUUGUUGUUGCUCGGUUAUAGUCAGAUAGUGUGCAUGUUUCACAUUUCGUUACGUUCGUUCCUAUAGUUUCUUUUUUCUGUCCUCCGCUACACACCAACAAUAAAAUACCUGCUCACACAUUGUCAGGGUACUUGGCCAGCCGUUUGCUUGUUUGAUUUUUGUGUCAAUGGAAUGUUCAACACACACGACUUUAGAUAGAACUAACAAAUAAAUUACAAAUUGACAAAUAACAAAGUGAUGAUUCAUCGGUCUCAACAGCGUCACAUAUCAAUCGCCUCCAUGAAUCAAUGGUGAACAAUAUACACAAUAGUGGUGCAGUGACAAAUCGGGACAGUAAAACUAACCAAAAACAGCAGCAACAAAAAACGAUACAAACUUCUAUCAAUAAUAAUAAUUGAUGUGAUGCAUUUUUGAGCCUCCGAAAAAAACACGCGAAAAAAAAACAAAGACAAAACAAUUGGCUCACAUAGACAGAGAAAAAACUGCAAUUUGAAUUCAAGUUUUUGUCAGUGAUUAAUUCUGGUAUCCAGCAUAUUCCCAAGUUGAAUUGAUUGGCCUGUGUGGUGACGUGAGAUUGCCUGUAGAUUAGUCGCGCAGUAUUCGCAAUAAAUUAGUGUUGUGCAGUUGAAUUAAAUACACGCAAAUCCAAAUGAAAAUGUCGACACAUGAAGAUGAUGAUCAGGAUCAAGAUCAGGAGAUCAAUGUUGAUUCUGAUUCCAGACUGUCCUGUGGCAGCGGAUCGGAUAUCGAUAUGGAUGGCACUGGCAGUUGCUAUGACUCGGAAACGGCAUUAGGCGAUUCAAUUCAAUCGGAACAGACGAGAUCGUCGAGCGAGAAUUUGCCAUUCAGUAUAUCACGUUUAUUGUCGAAACCAUAUGAAAAUAACAACAAGAGCCCAACAUCCGAUAGAGAUGCGAACGCAAUCCUACUGGAUGCUGAACAUGCAAAAUUUACGUCACAUUUAGCAAAUGCCGGUAUACCUUAUUCAACCGCCAGUGCAUUAUAUUCGUCGUAUAGCCCAUUUUAUAGUCCUGGUCAAGUAUUACGUGUACCACCGCAACGAACGCCAUUAACGUGGGCACUACCGCCACUGCAUCCUGCUGCAUUAGCCCAUCAAGCUGUCAAAGAUAGAUUAGCAGCUUUCCCAAUAGCCAGACGAAUAGGACAUCCAUAUCAAAAUCGAACUCCGCCAAAGAGAAAAAAACCCAGAACAUCAUUCACUCGAAUUCAAGUUGCCGAAUUAGAGAAACGUUUUCAUAAGCAAAAAUAUUUGGCGUCGGCCGAACGAGCUGCACUGGCUCGUGGUCUCAAAAUGACUGAUGCUCAAGUCAAAACAUGGUUUCAGAACAGACGAACUAAGGUAAUAAGCAGUUUAAAAUGA